CUUGCAAGUGGUAAUAAGUGUCAGAAAAAUCGCGUGCAUGAAGAUUAAGAAACCGAAGACAAUUUUUCACCGGAACAGCAAAUAGAUAAUACAUUUUUCACAAGACUGCAAACUCGUGCUUCAAAACAGCCAAAGCUUCUUUCAAUCGUGCAGUUUAAAUAUAACUAUCUUUGAACAAAAAGGUUACAAAAAUAGUGCCAAAAGAAAAAGAAGAAAAAAGGAAAAUAUGAGCAAGAAAGAAUUUUAGAUUUCAUCUCAUGUUUAUAGGGACAUUUUUGAGUGACUUUUAAGUGAUAUAUACAAACAAAAAAACGGCAUUACGGAUUUACGAAUGGCGAGCGCGAUCUUUGGAACGCUUUUGAAUUUCCUACUUUUAAUGGCCAUAAUAGCAAUGGUCCCUAAAACAUUUGGUCACACAGUUUAUAAAAGAAGUACUUCGGAUCCAGAAUACAGCUCCAUUGAUUACUCAGAUUAUCCGGUGGAUAAUUACGAGAAACCUAUGCAGAAAAGAGCGGCACUAUUGCUCGACAGACUGAUGAUUGCAUUGCAAAAAGCUAUUGAAAACGAAGAUUCUGUGGGUGGAGGAUCGAGUGGAAAAUACUACAUGAAGUCUGGAAAUCAAUUGAGGGAAAGCAACAGGCAAAGUAUUCCCAUUCCGAACGACAAAACGAUGGAUCUUCAGCGCAGAGGUCCAGCAAAAGGCCGAGUUUAUUGGCGUUGUUACUUUAACGCAGUGACGUGUUUCAGAAGGAAGUGAUAUUCUUUGGCGAAGAGGACUUUACUUAAGUUUCAACCGGAAUCUAGAAAACAAGUUUUACUGCGAAAACUCAAUGUGUAACACAAAUUAACAGGAAAAAUUUAUUUAAUAAUAACCAAAUGAGCCCCAGUCUGAUAAAUAUUAACUUCAUCAAUUUUUCAAGAAUAAAAACAAAAUACAAUGAAGUCUCUCCUAUUUCCGUGACCUUGAAACUUAAGGAUUCUUUCAUUUCAAGGCUGGAGGGAGACCUAUCUGUACCGCGACCCUCAAGUCAUUUUCGUCAAGCGACGUUCAUUGGCUGCCCCGGGCUUGUAUCGAUGCUUCACCUGUAAGCAACUUUUUCAACUGUGCAUGUACCAAAAAGCGUGAUUCGAUUUGCAAUAAAUAAUUACUAUCAAUAAUGAUAAAGAUAAAUACACCCUACUCUCAGUGUAGUAACUCGCGGUGUAGUAAUUCCUAGAACUGCUGGCCCAAGCAGUUUCUCAGCUCAAGGGGCGAGAGACGGUAGCGACUCUUGUUUGAAAAGGGUGCGUUCGAGUAUUGCGUAAGCAUUUUAAUGACACUUUUGAUCCCCCUCCCCCUACGUACCGCUUUUUCUAUAGUAAGUGUAUGUACCUUUAAUAUAGGCGCUGCGCUACAGCAGAUCCCACUCCCCCUUAGGCGCGCUACGUAAUACUUGAACGCUCUCAAAACACCAGCAGCGCAGCGGAAAGCGCAGUGCGCGUGUACUCAUAUGCAGAGAUUGCGCAAUAUUAUGCUCCAGAUCAGCGCUUUUUCCAGCGUUUCUGUAGAUGUACAACAAUUUGCCAACUAGAAAUCAAUAUAUUAGAAUCAGGAAACUACUCAAAUAUUUCGAGGAAUAGUGUGUUUUGCAGUAUGAUGUCACCGACGCGGUUAAGCUGCGAUAGUUGGAAAUGUCUGGAAGGUUAACAUAUUUCUUGACAUAGGAGUGCAAAUAACUUUUUGAAAAAAAUAUUCUAAACCUAAAUGUAAGAUUGAAUAUUAAUAUUUUUAAAGUGUAGAAUGCUAGGAUGAGUUGAAAUGUCAUUCGUCAUGAAGGUUACCACAUAGCACUGCAACUGCAUACGAUUUUUUGGAGAAAAUAGUUUAAAUGUACAGGUAAGUAGAUUGUCUAUUAACGACCUUUCAGUGUCACUAAAGCAAAUAAAAUAUCUGAAAUUCCAGGUUAGUAUAUCAGAUAGGGUUCACCAACCUGAAAUUUUGAAUAUUUUAUUUUAUUUCGUGAAACUGAAAGUUCGUCAAUUGACAAAAGAAUGGAACAUGUCUAAGAAUUCGUAUACUUAUGACUUUUACGUUGAGAAUAUUUUUUUGAAAACGUUUGAUGAAUUCCCAUGACUUCAUGCUAAAAUCCUCAAGUCAAAGCAACGAGGGCUUCCCGCCUUCCGGGCCUUUUUUUAAUUGGUCAGCCACUGACGCGGAAGAGACCGUGGUUGGAGGUGACGGAACUGUGCAAUUUGAAAUAGCCGUGUACGGGGAACUUGAAGUAGUA